GCCCUUUAAAAGUGUACAUCCAUUGCUUUCCUGUUUUGUUUCACUCUGACGACCGUCGGCUGUUGUUGGGCUCCUCCACACACUGAACGAGAAGAAAUGUCAUCGAAAGUACAGAAAAUCGUGAUUUGUGGAGGUGGCAAUGGUGCGCAUGUUCUUGCUAGCAUCCUAUCUUCACGCGAGAACACGGAGACCAAUGUACUGACACUAUAUCAGGACGAGGCUGAGAUCUGGAACAAAGCCAUGGAAAAUGGAAUGCUGUAUUGUUUACUACCAAACGAAUCCGAAAUCAGGUCGAGGCCAAACAAGAUUUCUAAAAACCCAGCAGAUGUUGUUCCGGGGGCCAACAUUAUCCUGAUCACGGUACCUGCGUUUUCACAUGAAGAAUAUCUAAGAGCCAUAGAACCGUACAUACGCUACCGAACAAUCAUCGUAGGCUUUCCCGGACUACCUGGAUUUGAAUUUCAGGCUCGUCACAUAUUGAAAGCGAAGUCCCAGUUUGUCAGUGUGCUGUCAGCGACAACCUUUCCUUGGGCUUGUAGGAUAGUUGAAUAUGGCCGAAAUGUUAAAAUCAUUGGGGUAAAGAAUUAUGUGGAUGUGGCAGUCAUUCAAGAUUCCUCGAAGGGUGCCUUCAACCCCCUAGAGCUAUUGCAGUCCGUAUUGGGAAGUCCUCCUGUUUUUAACAAAACAAAUCAUUUCCUGGAACAUAGCCUUAUGUUCGCCGUGGUUCACCCAGGCCUGAUGUAUGGUCGAUGGAAAUACUGGGACGGUAUUCCCUUAUCAGAGAAACCUCUUUUCUACCAAGGAACUGAUGACUUUCAAGCAAAAUGUGUAACUGAUCUGGAUGAUGAAGUUCAGGGGAUUGCAAAAGAAAUAUCAAAACGGACUGGCGUGGACUUUCGAGGAUGCUUACCUAUGCACACGUGGCUCGUUAAAAGCUAUGGGUCUGCAAUAUCAAACCCAUGCAGCUUAAAGACUGCACUUGUCACCAACAAAGCCUACGAAGGAAUGGUUCAUCCAAUGAAAGAAGUCAAGGGAGGAUAUGUGCCAGAUUUUAAACAUCGUUAUCUGUCUGAAGAUGUUCCUUUUGGGCUUGUUGUCGUCAAAGGUUUGGCAAAGAUUGUUGGUUUAAAAACACCGGUGAUUGAUGAACUUAUCAGAUGGGGACAGCAAAAACUUGGCAAAGUGUUCAUUGAAGGAACUGAACUGACCGGGGGACAUCUUUUUGAGACCAGAGCACCGCAAGUUUAUGGAAUUACGUCACUAAAAGAUCUCCGUGCAAUGAUGGGUCUGUGAUAUCCAGAGGAUUUGACUAAUACAAACAAACAUUAUAUAUUUUGAGGUAUCAGUAUAACUUAUCAAUACAUGCUAGUGUUCAAUUAUAUUUUUAAGUAUUGACGUUUUGGUGGAUACAAGAAUACAUCUCUGUUGCUAGCCAUAAUAUCAGUGAUACAUUAGUGGUAUACAUGUGUUCAGUGAUAUCCUGAUAUGUGUCUUCCAGGAUCCCCGAAGCUUCAGCAACCCAUUCUUUUCGAAAGAGACGAUAAAAGGAAUCGGGUGAUCAGACUCAGUGACUUGCUUGACAAAAUUUCUUCGUAUCCAAUUUGCAUAGAUCGAUGCUCAUGAUGUCAAUGAAUGGAUUUCCUGGUCAAGAAUCGAUUAUUUACAGACCUCCACCAUAUACAGUGUUUGCACGCAGACGUUGAUGGUGUCAUCACAUCAUUUUCAUUGGGGCCAGUUUAUUGUCAACACAAUGAUUAAGCUGGAGUUUAUGGUAUUGGGACUUGAAUUUCUGUGUGAUGAUUCGCUGAGAUCAAGGCAAUUAAUGUGUUGAUUUAAAAGAGGGAAUUAUCCCCAAAAGAUUAAAUACAUUGCCAUUUCUUUUUUGCCAAACUGACAUUAAAGCCAGGGAAUUUAACGAUUGAAAAGCAUCGGCAUAGGCAUUAUAAACAGGGUGACAUUAUAACCAGGGUGGUAUUAUAACCAGGGCGGGCUUAUAACCAGGGUGGCAUUAUAACCACGCUGGAAUUAUAACCAGGGCGGCAUUAUAACCAGAGUGGCAUUAUAGAGGGUAGCAAUAUAACCGGGGUGGCCUUAUUACCAGGGCGGCCUUAUAACCAGGGUGGCAUUAUAACCAGGGCGGCAUUAUAACCAGGGCGGCAUUAUAACCAGGGUGGCAUUAUAACCAGGACCAUGAUAAAUAGGGAGCACUGUAGCUUGAUUAUUGCUGAGUGAGGCGUUAAAUAACAAACAAACUAACUUCCAGGAUACAGUUCUUAUAUGUAAGUUCAAUUAUGUCAUAACAUUUUAUUUUUCAAUCAUGUAUUCAUGUUUAAAGAUAACAGUCCGACUUUCUUCUCCUGAUGUGUCUCAUGUAUUCGAAACAUUAAAUAACUUCGUUGCACACGU